AGUUCGCGAAUCCUGCGGCAGCGUAGCGCGUGCUGUUUUGUUUAUACCCGCUUUGACCGAUCGGAGUCCCAACCAGUCAACAUUCGACGGGCCAAGUGGACGGACGCGCGCGCGUGUGUUGUUCGCUGAGUAUCCAUCCGUACGUCGUCGUCGAUGUGCAUUCGAAGUGUGCACGUUUCUUAUCGAGGGAAUCGUAAGGAUAUUCCGGUUAGGCGUUAGUUGGUAGCUGCUUAUGAUAAUAAGUCUCGAAUCGCACCAAGGGAAACCAGAUUUAUCCCCACACCAACCGCCACACAUACACACGCGUAACGUUGGAAAUAAAUCAACUGUGACAAAAAGGCAACAGCAAGCAUAACAAGUCCCAAACACGAACAAACGGCUAAACAAGUGUAUUAGAAGAGAACACGCGAGAAACGAGAUAAAAGUGACCACUGUGAUCCCUCCAUUGUUGACGGGCCACUGGAAUCUGUCGGCUAGUGGCGCCCUGUAGCAGCAUCCUACGCAUAUUCGGCAACAAAUUACAACCGAACAUCUGACAGAAAGCAAUCAUCAGCAAUGGCGAGGACGGUCCAUUUGUCGUCCAAACGAGCUAUCAUAGGACUUACUAUGCUACUCUGCUUGAUAGAACUUCACCGAACAACGGCAUACGUCCGGGAUCCAAGUGGUAGCAGCACUCCGGCGACCAGACGACACCAUUCCAGUGAUGGCGACUACAGCAGGAAUCUCUCCCACCACAUAAAUCAUCACGGUCGAGCUGGCCGCACCAGUAGGAACAGCAACAACAACGUCAGUGGUGGCGCCACCAACACCGGCCGUAGCAACAACGAUCUCGUCCGGAUAGGUGCCACCAAAGCAGCGAAUCGGUACGCUGGUGGAAGCAGCAAAACCCAGUACAUGUACGAGCACUACCAGAGUGGGUCAGUAAUGCUACCGAAGGGCGGAAGAGCGUUUCUUGAGCCGGACCAGAACAGGACCUUGGCAUACACGGCUAAACUGGAUACGACGGUCUACCGCCAGAAGCCCCACAGGAGUCGCAACCACCGGCUGCGGCACCCGGACUGGUCAACGGCAGCAGCGGCAGGUCGGCGCUCCCACGACCCCAGUGUUAAAUCGACCGUUGUCAACGGGCUCUGCAUCAAGUGCCCCGCUGAGAAAACCGCCAUCGCACGCAAAGGCCUCGACGGUGUGCUGAUCGAGCCUCCGAUGUUGACAACGUGCCGCAAUCAACCAAUCUCGCGUGACCUGUACGAACUGGAAACGCUGUUCGGAACCAAGCUCAAUUUUAUCCUACCCCAUUCGAACGGUGGCGGACCGUUCUCGUUCCUGGCCAAAAUUGUCAACAAGCGAAGCGGAAAGGUGGUGCAGACUUGCGAAUUACGAUACAAAGUAAUUGUGAAGCAGUGCGGGAAGUACUAUCCUAAGAACAAGGAUCUCAAAGUGGCAUGCGAUUUGGGGAAUAUCUGGGGAUCCAGGUGUACAUUCCACUGCCGGAACGAGGGAUACCUGAGUAGGCAAAACGCAUUCGUCGAGUGCAGCGAGGACCAAAGCUGGGAGGGGGAGGAACCGAACUGCAUGUAUAAUGAUGUAUCCGAUGACUACGCGUACGACAGCGACGCUCCGCCCACCACGGACUGCACUUAUCUGAUCCCGCCCAACAACGGUCGGUUCGCGUGCGAGAUGAACCCAUCGGCGGCCAGCUCCAACGAUCUCGACGUCCCCAGUGGGACCGUGUGUCGGAUCAAGUGCAACGAACACUUCGAAAUCCCAGCUCACCUGGAGCCGGCAUCGGUGUUCCACUGCGACGGGGGGCGCUGGAAUUCGACGAUGAGGCACUUUUGUCAUAAACCGGGCGCCGUCACCGUCGGUAUGCAUCGGAAGCGAAGAUACGGCUAAGCGUGCUCACCUAGUUCUACGGCGCACGGUGCGCGGUGUGUAGUUGUAAGAUGAUAUUACAGCAAGAUAAAACUGCAUGAUUUAUUGCUUUGAAACGAGCGCCAACUUGAAUGUGAUUUUGUGUUUCGAGAAUGGAAAUGACAUUCUUUCCCUGUGUCGAAAGAAUGGGAAGAAGUAAAAGAAGGAAAGCAAAUCCUCUAUCCUCUGUUAGAUAAUAUGUACCGUUUUAGUUCGUUACGUGAACGAUUUAUAGAUGUUAGAUGCAUACCUAGGUAGAGCUUCUGCGUGCGAGUUAAAAGCAUUUCGUAAAACUUGACCUACCCAAAUCAAAUAGCUCCUUUUAAGCAUGUUGAGAUUUUUUGAGUGUGUGUUAACUGUUGUUCUUUCUGUGAAACAAAGGUUUUUGUUUCGGGCAGGAAACAUGACAAAAGAUUAGUGCAUUGUAGAUAUUUAUAAAUGCAACUGAUUUCAAAACAAACAAUGAAAAUAAUAAAUCGUUAUGCUCCUAAUUAUGAACGUUCUGCU